AUGUCUGAAGGGACUCUUGCUUCGGCAGUCGCUAUUCCUGACCCAUCCAGCAUACGUCAAUCUACCGAAGUUCCUUCUAAACGCCGAAACCCCUCGAUCACAGACCACGAAUCCAAGCGCCGUCGACACAGCAGCCAAAGCGACCAGGCUUCCCACCCCGAUCUACGCGUCUCUUUAUCUGCCCCGCAGAACAUGGAAAAAAGGCCAGUCCGCAAAGUUGGUCCUAGUGAUGACCGCGACCGCAGUCGAAGACUGUUCGGCGGCUUACUAGGCACACUCUCUGGAACCUCAACGUCGGCAUCGCAGAAGCGACGAGCAGAUAUCCAGAAAAGACAGCAAGAGAAACUGAAGUCCCAGGUUGACGAAUUUGAUAAACAGCGCAAAGAGCGUCGCAAUCUGAUCCGCAGAGCUGAGUCUCCGUUUUAUGCGCGCGAAGCAAUGCGCACACGCCAUGCCCAGCUGAUUACUUCGGCACGUUUCAUCAAGACUUAUACACUACCUUCCUUGUUGUACAAACCGUAUCAGCUACAACCCGCCGAUAGACACCUCAUUCAGGAACAAGUUAAGGAUGCUGAGGAUACUAUUGCUCGUGAAGUUGCUGAAUUCGAUUCUCGAUACCCGCCUGAAUCUUUCCUUCCCCAAACUCUCCCCUCGGUGUCAGCCUUGACGUCUUCGUCUUCGCCCAAGACCAAGUCAAAAAAUGAUCGUGAGAAUAUGGAGACUAUGGAUACUACGAAGCCUUCUAAUGUGCAGGCCAUCAACGACGCGAAUCGACCUACUGAUGAACAGGCUGAACGCGACGAUGACGGAAGCGAGGUCGUGGAGGACAACGAGGAUACUGUGAUAUAUUAA